AUGCCGACCUUGCCACUCACAAAGGUCGACGAACACACCGAAUCGACAAACCUCGGAGUAUACUUCACCCCGGGUGAUCCUCAUAUAAACGGCCCGGCGCGCGAGGUCCUUGUGAAUUACAGCGGCGUGCCCGAAGAUGAAGUCGUCUCGCAUGUUCGCAAAGUGCGCGAUGAGGCCUGGAAAGUCUUCAAAUACCCAUGCGUGGGAAAUUACUAUUUUCUCGAAUUCAGCGUCAGCAAGUCGGAGAAUUAUGCACAAGUACUGGAUCGCCUGCGUGAGGGAGAAACGUUGUUGGAUUUGGCAUGUUGCUUUGGACAUAAUAUUCGGAAACUCAUCCAUGAUGGCGCGCCGGCAUCGAAUGUCUUUGGUAGUGAAUUGGAGCCAGGUUUCAUUCAUCUGGGCUUCCAAUUGUUCAAGGACCGUGACAAGUUAGCCGCGAACUUUGUGUCUGGAGAUUUCUUCGGCGAGGAUGUUGGUGGUCUCGCCGGGAGACAAUUCGACAUUAUUCAUGCGGCCUCGUUCUUUCAUUUAUUCUCUUGGGAUGACCAGGUGGAGGCUGUGUCUCGAGCUGUGCGGUUACUGAAGCCAAAGGCUGGGUCAAUGCUGUUUGGUAGACAGACUGCUGUGAAGAAAGCCAAAGAGGUACAGCAUCCUGCAAAUAUCCGGUCUGGGAACAUGUUUCGGCACGAUGUGGCGUCUUUUCAGAAGAUGGUCGAACUAGUCGGCGAGAGGACGGGUACCAAUUUGGAUGCUUCAGUGAAGCAGCAGGAGGGUUGGGAGGAGCUCGAAGAAGCACAUGGAUGGCAUCGCAUAACGUUUCAAAUUGUCUUGCAAUAA